AUGGCGAUCGCUUACCGUGAUUACAUCGCAAAUUACGUUGGAAACUUGACCGCGCUCUAUCCGGAUAUUGUCUGCCGAUCUAACCACCACAUGGCUUUUCAUAUUUACGACUUCCUUCUACUUUUUGGACCAGUACAUUCGUGGUGGUGCUUUCCAUUCGAACGGCUCAUAGGUCGACUUCAGCGACUUCCUCACAAUCAUCGCUUAGGUGAGUCCAGCUGA